AUGAAUCGAUGUCCAAAUAGAGAAAAGGUUUUGUUAAAUCUUAAGUGGUUUGUUAACCGCUUCAUUAAAUCAUUUGAAUGUAAAUUAAUUCAAGGAGUUUCAUGUACAUCAAACAGUUGUGUCCAGAGUCCUUGUGGAUCUUCAAAUAUUUCAUCGCCUACCUUAUCAAUAUCCAAAGUGAGUAUUGAAAAUGAGAAUGUUUCUAAUGACUUACCAUUGAUUCGACGGCUACUUGAUCAGCAAAUAAAGUGUCAAAAUAACAAUAACAUUAAGCGCUUGAAGAAUGAAAACUCCUACUCUAAUCGUGACGUUAGUAAUCAGAAUAAGAACACAAGCCCACCAAUCAGUCACCUUUGA